AUGGGUGAUAUUCUAGAAAUUACGACACGGCCGCGGCAUCACCAUGUUUUCUACAAAUUCACAGCCAAUGCAAUCAACUUUGAAAUUAAAGCCCAGGGCAAUGCAGCCCUUGGGAUAUCUAAUAAACCAGAGCAGAACUGUGAAUUUUUGAUUGGUAUAGGUCACAACAACCAGACCUGGAUAAAGAAAGUUAGAGGGAGAGGAGUCUAUAGGGAAACUAUAGAUACUCCGAAUAUUUUGUCUACCACAGAGUAUAGAAGAUUUUGGGUUUCAUGGUAUGGAGACAUUAUACGCUUGGGAGUGAAUGGUAAUAGCAAGCCUAUAGUAACAUUUAGCAGCAGGACCGCAGAAUUAAAAUAUGUUACUUUCUUGGCUCUUGAUGAUGUCAGGAACACUGUGCACUGGAGAAUUGAAGUGCCACCAUACAUAGAAAAAUCAUAUGUUAUGCAACCUAUUUCCGGAGGUGACCCAUUUUGGGCACGAUAUGAUCGCACACAUAACUUCCCAGACAAUGCUUACAUUGGUGGACAUGAAAAUGAAAACUUAUACAUAAUAAGGGCUGACCACAAUGGGUCAUUGACUCCAGGAAAGUAUAUGAGCUCAAAAGGAAUGGGCUACAUUCCCUGGGGAGGAGAAGCUAAUUCUAAACUCACAUUUGAGGUGCUAUGUGGAUUUAAUUUUACUUGGUUGCCAUGCAAAAAUACUGAUGCUAUUCCCGUCGGAGCUGUAGUGGGUGGUUACUCAGAAGAUCCAGGAAAAGAGAAACUGUACAUUGGAAGAAGUAAAUAUUUAGAGCACUUAAUUCCGGGCAAAAUUCAACCAUCACACAAAGUCUGUUAUGUGCCGUUUGAAGGACGAGAAAUAGGCUUGGACAAAUUUGAAAUACUGGUUGUGCCUGAUGAUGGUAAGAGAUGUGUUAACAAGUUCCUGAUCCCUGGCGCACCAAUUGACCAUCGUUUUGUUUUUCGUGAAGAAGAGCAGAUGAACAUGGACAUUGAACAUGCCGUCAAUUUCGAAGAGUAUGCUGGAUUUUUAAAUCCAGAAGUUGAUGGUUGA